AUGUAUGUGAAAUGGUUUGAUAUAGUAAUGGAAUACUAUGUGAUUUUAGUGAUUUUAGUGAAUGUCACUUUUUGUCAUUUUUGAAUUUCCCGCCGUUCCGUCCCCCGUACGUCCCGACGCUCACAGGGGACGGAACCCAGAUGACAGAUGCCGGCAUCCGCCGGAUUACAUUGUCGGGGACACUGCAGGAGGGACAUCAUGGGAGCGCAGGACAAGGUAAGUGAUACAGGGAUCGUGGAGCAGCGCCGCAUGGUAUUCCCGAGUGUAGCUCGGGGUUACCGCUUGUGCUACACUCGGGAAUACCGCCAGGGAGGU